UUGAGGUCAGAGAGUCACAUGUAGAAAGGUACGCUAUACGACGACUGUCCUGUAUUGUUUACAUGACCAUUAACGAAUUGGCGCUUAUUUCAGAAAACUGAAAAGGAGUCACUUUGGAAGUCACCGAAAAACGGAAACUAUAGUUAAGAGGGCAGACUUAUUGACAAACUAAUUUUACAUUAGGAAAUGUAAUGCGUAAAGAUGACAGAAAUGGUGAAGCAGCCGAGUCCGAAGCCAGAAGCAGCAGACGAGGACGCCACGUUAUCAGUCCCGCUGCCCGCACAGCUGCCGGGGACUCCAAGCCUCUUCUACCAACUUCGUCGGAUAGGAGCUGCGGCCAGCUUGCAAGGAGUCAAAGAUGUAUUCAAGCUGACCAAGCCAAGGACCAUCAUGGGAAGGAAUGAAUCAGAUGUGGAUUGCUUUGUAGAUUCUUCCGUUCACACCAGGUUGAUCUCACGCCAACAUGCCGAGAUUCUCCUAGAGAUGGAUGAGAACCAAAGCCCAAUACUCUAUGUAUUAGACAAGAGUCUGAAUGGAACGUUUGUCAAUGACGUCAAGGUCACAUCUCAGACCAAAGUACCUCUGAAGGAAGGAGACACCCUGACCCUGGGUCAUCUCAGAGGAAUCCAAGUCAAACAGGGAACCCAUGCAGAACAACAGAACUCAGAGUUCAGAUUCAUGCUGGUGUAUGCACCUGAGGAAGAGGAUUGCACAGAGGGCGAUGAGAACACCCCAACAAAGGGAAAGAAGAAAGAUUCCCCGAAACUAUCCAAGAAAACUCGGAUCCUUCACCCCCCGGACAGCAACGUCAACUCAGCGACGUCGCAAUCUGCCAACAGAGCUGCCAGCAUUCCACCGCCUUUCCUUCAGAACAAUGUGAACAGUGAUGGAUCAGGGAGCAGUGUGAACACACCUACUCGGAAGAGAAAGACUCGCAGUGGUGUUGAAUCCCUCUCCUCCCACCAAGACAAUGAGAAUAAGACUCAGGACGGGGAAGAGAAUACCCAACCCUUAAUGAAUUCAGAUUCAUCGUUGAGAGGAAAACCAAAGCGAGGGCGUGGGAGACCCCCCUUCACGACAGGAUCAGCUCGUGGAAGGGGUAGCACUGGGGGUGUAGCACGGGGAAGGGGUAGCACUGGGGGAUCAGCUCGUGGAAGGGGUAGCACUGGGGGAUCAGCUCGUGGAAGGGGUAGCACUGGGGGUGUAGCACGAGGAAGGGGUAGUACUAGGGGAUUAGGACGUGGGAGGGGGAGGGGAAGGGGGCGAGGAAGGGGGCAAGGAGAUUCUGAGAAGAUGGAGACAGAAGAACCUGGGACCUUGUCUCGAGAGGAGGCUCAGCAUGGAGUGUCAACUAGCAGUGGAGCAGCUCAGCAAUUUAAUUUUGAAUUUGAAUCAGAGAGUGGAAGUGACGAGGAUAUGUCCCUUCAUCGGCAGGUUGACGCGAUAUGUAAGAGGGAUUUUGAAAACUCAGAUUCAGACUCGAUUAAGAGUAGACCAGGAUCAUCCAGAUCAAGCUCAUCCAAGGGAAAGUCACCUAAGAAUAGUGGACCCUCCAAGUCUGAGCAUAAAACCAUGGAUAUGAAAAAAGGAGGAGAGAGCGCAUCAUCCUCGCAGGGUCUUCGCAAAAAGAGAGCCGCACCUUCCUUCUCCCAGAAAGAUGACGUAACCCUAACAGAAUACAACUCCCUGCCCUGUGCAUCCCCUACAUGCUGUAGACCUAUAGACAGCACGGUCACAUGGGUCCAAUGCGAUGACUGUGAUGACUGGUACCAUGUGACCUGCGCAGGAUGUGAUUAUAACAAGGUCAAACGGGUGGAUUAUCAGUUCUACUGUGGAUGCAAACCAAGGAAAAUAAAGAAGUGAAAGACUCUCUCUCUCUCUCUCUCUCUCUGACUGCCCUACCCAUCUCUCUGCAUACGAUGUGAUUAUAACAAGGUCAAACGGGCGGAUUAUCAGUUCUACUGUGGAUGCAAACCAAGGAAAAUAAAGAAGUGAAAGACUCUCUCUCUCUCUCUCUCUGACUGCCCUACCCAUCUCUGCACACGAUGUGAUUAUAACAAGAUCAAACGAGCUGAUUAUCAGGUUAACUGUAGAGGAUGCAAGCCCAAGACAUCUGAGAAGUUCAAAGUGAAGUCACUGUGAACACUAUGCAUUCACAGUUUGAAAGAACAUGUUAUCUUUAAAGCCCCACUGCACUAACUUAUAGGUACUUGGGCCCUCUACAUAUAGAAAACAAUGCCUUAGCGGUGCCUGUUUGUCCUCUACGAUCCCCUUUUUCUUAUGUGAAUUAAGAGCUGAGUCAAUGAGAUAACUACCUGUCCGUGACCUUGCAGGGAGGUCUAAUCCCCCUGGCUAAAUUAGUGCAGACAGACUUUAAGUACAAACAAAGAUCUUUGACUUUACAUGGGAACUUUUACUGAAUUUGUCAGACCGUCAUGACAAAAAAUGCCUCAUGUAUAAUUUUUUCAUGAGUUUCAAAACAAAUUAAACAUUGUGUUUAAAAUGGCGACCAUGGAUACUUUGGUAUGAAAAUAUGAGAUUGAUUUUGCCCUUCUCUUGCUAUUAAAGAAUCUUGUGUAUGGACCAAAUUA